UCGUCCUGCUAUCGGUGACCAAGUUCCCGUAUUCCGUCUUUCGGGCGCUGCUCUCGCCAGCUUCAGCCAUGUUCAAGAUCUAUCGACGCUCGCGUUCGCCAGAUAUACCCACCCCUGACAAAAUCUACCCUGCUAGUCUCGCCUUGCUCGGCCAAGGAUACGCCCUCUGGCGUCCGGAACCGCAUAUUACAGGCGAGCCGCAGAUUGGAGAUGUUGGCUACGUCAGCGAGGGCGCGUUUGUCAGGCUCUUCAACAUCAAUAACACGACGCCAGAACACCAAGUUUCUUUCUGGGACACACAGUUCGAGAUCGUACCAACGCUACCACCAAACGUGUUUCGCAUCGAUCAGCGCCACGAUUCGAUAGGGCCCGGCCCAUUCUGCAGCCAUGGUGUUCAGGAGAAAGAGACUCGCGGAUCCAUCUCUGUGUGAGUGCAGAUCUCCACGGAU